AUGGUAAGCAAGAUGAACAAAAGAAAAAGGAUGGCUAGGGGAGCCGCUGUUUUUGUUGCACUAGCUGCAAUGGCAGUCAUUGUUCGGGCUAUAAUAAGGAAGAGGAGACCACGUAUUACCUAUGGCCCAAUGCAUGAAAGAGAUCGAAUCAGAUUUGAUUAUCUAAACCAAAAAAUUUGGCAAAGCGAUGUGUUAUGCAAAAACAUGCUAAGGUUUGAAAGAGCUGCAUUCUUUCGCUUGUGCGGCAUAUUGAGGGAUCGCAAAUUGCUAGAAGAUAGUCCACAUCUUAGUGUGGAGCAACAAUUGGCAAGGUUUUUGCAUACAUUUGGGCAUAACCUUCGGAAUAGGGUUAUUUCAGCCAAUUUUGCUAGAUCAUACGGCACAACCAGCAUCUAUUUUAGAAAGGUUCUUCAUGCCAUAGGCGAGCUUCGUAAUGAUUAUAUAAGGCCACCAUCAUUGGAAACCCCCGAAAAAAUUGUAGGAAAUCAUCGAUUUGACCCAUAUUUUAAGGAUUGUAUUGGAGCUAUCGAUGGUACACAUGUGCGAGCAGGUGUUACCAAAGAUGUGGAACCUUCUUUUCGUGGUAGGAAGGCCUUUACCACUCAAAAUGUGAUGGCAGCAGUAGACUUUGACCUCCGGUUCACAUAUGUGUUGGCUGGUUGGGAAGGGUCCGCACACGACGCGACCGUUUUAGCUGAUGCAUUAACUCGUGAGAGAGGCUUACAAGUACCACCUGGAAAGUACUACCUAGUUGAUGCUGGUUAUGGAGCCAAGCCUGGGUUCUUACCACCUUUUCGUGGCGUGAGGUACCAUUUGAAUGAGUGGGGCAACAAUCCGGUCCAAAAUGAUAAGGAGCUAUUCAACCUUAGGCACUCAUCUCUACGGGUGACGGUAGAGAGGGCUUUUGGAUCUCUCAAGAGGCGUUUCAAAAUUUUAGAUGAUGCCAAACCAUUCUUCACUUUCCCAGUCCAAGUAGACAUUAUUAUAGCGUGUUGUGUUCUUCAUAAUUAUGCACUAUCACAAGGGAUCGAUGAAUUCAUUAUACCGGAAGUGACAUGGACCACCCAACCAAUUCGAACAUCAAGGCAACAAUUAAAAAUGGACAAUGUUGAAGUUACUGCUGCAAGUGGGAACUCCGGAAAAAGUGGGGUCAUUGUAUGGACAUCUUCCAUGACCAACACUAUGCUAGGUUUUUUGGGUGACCUUGUUGCUAAAGGGAAGAGAACUUCUAGUGGAUUCAGGGAGACACAUCUCAAACAAUGUGCUGCUGUUCUGAACGAGCAAUUCAAGCUAGCUAUCACCUCUGAUCAAGUUAGAAACCAUCUCAAGAAGUGGAGGAAGAUUUGGGUCAGGGUUGUCAAUUUGAAGAAUUUAAGUGGAGCUCUAUGGGAUGAAGAUACUUGCACAAUUAGGCUCGGCGAAGAACACUAUGCAGGUCAUUGCAUGACCCACAAACCUGAUGCUCCCUUCUUGAAUAACCCAAUUGAGCACUACCAUGCCAUGGCGACCAUUUUUGGAACAACCGGGGCUAAGGGGAUGAAUGCAAGGUCUGGAAAUGAUCUCCUCUCUAUUGAUGUUGAUGAUGAGGAGAAUGGUGAGGUGAAUGGUGAGAUCUACACGUCACCACAAGUUGGUGAGUCUGCUCACCCCAAAGGACCUCCAAAAAAGAAGGCCAAGGUGGUGAAAGUUCUAGAGGAUCCACUAGGUGCCAUUCUCAAAGAUGGGUUUAAACUUUUUGCUGAAGCUCUUGUGAAAUCUGGUGGAGAUGAUGAUGAUAUACCCGAUGAUCUUUGGGAUGUAGUCUCCAAUUUGAAAGAAUUUGAUGAAGAGCACCUUGCCCACUACUAUGCUCAUCUUGUUGACAACCCCAAGACAACAAGAGCCUUCAUGAAACUCUCUGAAACCAACAAAUCUGUUUGGGUGAGUAGGUAUGUGAAGAAAAACUUCUAA